AGGGCAUGGAAAAACAUCUUGUUCCUGUAAGCAUGGAUAAUCCUGAUUUUGCUGUAGCCAUGGAUAGGUUAAAGCAGCCGCAGAAGAAGAAAAACACAGGGAGGAAGAAGACCGUGAUAAAGAAGAUUGAGAAAUCCAGCAACAAGCAAGUGACAUUCUCGAAAAGAAGAGCGGGGUUGUUCAAAAAAGCGAGUGAACUGUGCAUUCUGUGCAAUGUGAACAUAGCCAUAAUUGUGUUUUCUCCGGCUGAAAAGUUGUUCUGCUUCGGUCACCCUGACGUGGAAGCCAUUGUUGGAAGCUACCUGAAGGGAGCGAAAGUGUUGGUAGCAUCAGAGUCAAGAGGGUCAUAUGAAGAAAGCAACAUGCAAUACGAGGAGGCAGUGAAGAAUUUGGCGUUGGAGAAGAAGAAUCUGACAGAAACUGAAAAAAUGGUUAAGGGUUUGAGCAGAAGAUGGUGGGAGGACCCCAUUGAUGAGAUGAGUGAACGUGAGUUGGAACAGUUUAUGAUGGCGCUUUAUGAGUUGAGGAAGAAAUUAACAGAAAGGGCUGCUCAAUUGUUCAUGCUUUCAAUUCAAUGAUGUAGAAUCUUUUAUUUUUCAUUUUUGAUGAUGAACCCAAUUUUGUUUUUUACUUUUACUCUGUUGCUGUUUAAAUCUUUUGCUCCAUAUUCAACAACUCAAGACCAA